AGAAGCAUGGAGCUGGCCAGGUGGAAACAGGAUACGGGCACUUGGACUGUUGAUCAGACGGUCUGGAACGAAGUUGUCAUGACAUACGGCAUCGCCACGACCCACAAAGAAAUGGAGGAUGCACUCGGACAAUGAGGGUGCUGCGAGAGAUCCAAAAGCAUGGCUCUCGCUACUCUCGCGGCAGGCACACUCAAUGUUGCGAGAGCUGGGCGGCUCGAGUCUCGGGCGUACGCUAUUCUACGAGCACUACAUGGGGUAGGCUUAAAUGUUGUGGCUUUGCAAGAAUGUCAAAACGUGGACUUCAAUGACACCUUAAUUCAGCGUCUGGGGUGGGAUGCUGCUUCAAAAAGUACUUGCAUGCGGGCAGCGGUGCUUCUCAAACGUCGCCACCUGCCCCACAUGAUAGCCUCUUAUCAAGCAGAUCGGGUUGCGAUGAUUGUUCAUCGAUCGGGAGUUUGUUUCACUAGUGCUUACUUUGCUGAUGCGUCUCAUCCAGAUGCUCCAGAGAUAUGCAGACGGAUACUGCAUGAUGUACGCCGCCUGCACCGACAGGCUCAGGCCAACCAUGGCCAUCACUUUCGCCUGUUGCUUGCCUGUGAUGCCAAUGUGGAGCUCACGCCAGAGUUGGAGGUGGAUGGGAGGAGGGUGACGGGACCAGGACUCAGAAGAUCGAGGGAGAGGGGACUUGGUCGGAACGGUGCCAUCGAUUUGGAGGACAGGAGGGCCAAGGAGGUGUGCAUGAGGGACCAGAUUGAGGAGUUCUUGGAGGAGGAGGAGCUGGCUGCGAUCAACACUUUUGAAGCACGGGUGCCGACCUACUGGCACUUCGGUGAGAGUGAGCCCACAAAGGUUUUAGAUUACAUCUUGGCGCCCAGGCAGUGGACAGUAGAAGAUAUCUCGUACAGUUGGUUGCAGGACGGGCGUGUGGCACGUUUGAGCGAUCAUGCAGU